UCGGCCAGCCUAGGGAGUCGCCAUCUGCGCAGCGCGGUCAAUGGCUAGCGUUUUAUAUUGUUUUUCCCUCGUGCACUAGUCCGUCGGAGGCUGCGACUCGGCUUUGAAACUUAACCAGCGGCCUUAAUAUUUGACCGGAGACCCAGUGGACUACUGGAAACUGGUUACCAUUGAUAGACAUUUUGUCUGCGUAGAAGAAAUUAAUACGGGGACGUGUGGAGACACGGGAGACGAUAACGUACCAUAGAGCUCAUAACAUGGCUUCCCUGUUCAUACCACUGCUUCUUUUCUUUCUUUAUUGUUUUUGCUCCAAGCUCUGUGCAGCCGGAGACACCAUCACGGCCGUCCAGUUCAUCACAGAUUCCGAGUCUGUGCUCUCAAAUGGAAGUAUCUUCAAACUGGGUUUCUUCAGCCCUGUUAAUUCCACCCAUCGCUAUGUUGGAAUCUGGUACAAUCAGGUUUCUGUAUUAACCGUGGUAUGGGUGGCUAAUAGAGACAGACCUCUCAACAAUUCUUCUGGGACUCUCACUGUUUCUGAAGAUGGCAAUCUCGUGGUUUUGGACGGAAACAGGGAAAUUCUCUGGUCAUCAAAUGCCACAAACUCUUCUGCAAACUCAACUGCCCAGCUCUUAGAUUCUGGAAACCUUGUCCUGAGAGAUGUCAGCAGCGGAAAUACCAUUUGGGAGAGCUUCGAAGAACCCACCAAUACUCAAUUGCCAGGCUUGAAACUCUGCUCCAAACGGACAGAAGGGGAAAGGCAAUUGGCGAGGGCGUGGAAGAGCCCUUCGGAUCCUUCAAGCGGGCGUUUCUCUUCUGGUCUUGAUUCGGUGCUAACCCAAACAGUUGUCUGGAAAGACGGUGAGAGAUUCUGGCGGAGCGGCCCGUGGAAUGGCCAGGUCUUUAUUGGGGUACAUUACGUGUAUUCUAUAAAUGUAGAUAGGUUUUAUGUUGAGAGUGACAAUGAAGGAAAUACUUGCUACACUUAUGAUCAUUUACAGUCUUCGUUAACCAAUUUUUUCUUAGAUUCUAAUGGUAAACUUUCUCAACUUGAGUGGGACGAAGGGAAGAAGGCUUGGAAUGUGCUGUGGUCGCCUAUGCAGACGGAGUGCGAUGUAUAUGGGAAGUGCGGGCUUUUUGGGAUUUGUAACUCAGAAAAUUCACCAAUUUGUAGCUGUCUGGGAGGGUAUGAACCAAAGAAUGUAGAGGAAUGGAACAGAGGAAAUUGGACUACUGGGUGUGUGAGGAGGAAGCAGCUGCAGUGUGAAAGACGUAAAAGCGGAGGAGAUGCGAGCAAAGAGGAUGGGUUUUUGAAUCUCAAGAUGAUGAAAGUGCCAGACUUCGCUAGCUUGUCAACUGCUCUACAAAAUGACUGUGAGAGCCAGUGCUUGCAGAAUUGUUCCUGUAUAGCAUAUGCAUAUAGUAAUGGGGUUGGUUGCAUGACAUGGGGCCAAAACUUAAUCGAUACACAGAAAUUAUCAACUGGUGGAACCGAUCUCUACAUUCGUGUGGCGUAUUCAGAAUUAGAUAAUGAUGACAAUGCAAAAACAAUUAUAGCAAUUACAGUGAGUAUUGGAGCACUUGUCAUUGCAAUCUGCUCAUGCUUGUCAUGGUGGUGGAUGGCUAAACAAAAAGCAAAGAAGCAGACAAACAAGGUGAUAUUAUUGCACAAUAGAGGAAAAACACGUCAAAACAAUUCCAGUGAAAUGAUGAUUGGUAACAACAUGAACCAAGUGAAACUCGAAGAGCUACCAAUGUUUAAAUUUGAGCAGCUGGCAACAGCAACAAACAACUUUUUUGUGACCAAUAAGCUAGGACAGGGCGGUUUUGGUCUUGUAUACAGGGGGAAACUGCCGGAUGGACAAGAAAUAGCAGUGAAAAGACUUUCAAGAGCCUCCGGACAAGGGAUUGAAGAAUUCAUGAAUGAAGUUGUGGUGAUUUCCCGGCUCCAACAUCGAAACCUUGUUAGACUGCUCGGUUGUUGUGCUGAAGGAGAAGAAAAAAUGUUGAUCUAUGAAUACAUGCCAAAUAAGAGUUUGGACUCAUUUCUAUUUGAUCCAACCGGACGGAAGGUUCUAGAUUGGAGGAAACGCUUUAACAUUAUUGGAGGAAUUGCUCGUGGUCUCCUAUAUCUUCACAGAGAUUCUAGAUUAAGAAUCAUCCAUAGAGAUCUAAAGGCAAGUAAUAUUUUGUUAGAUGAGGAGCUAAAUCCAAAAAUUUCAGACUUUGGCAUGGCUCGGAUUUUUGGAGGCAAUGAGGAUCAAGCAAAUACAAGGAGGGUUGUUGGGACUUAUGGUUAUAUGUCACCGGAGUAUGCAAUGGAAGGCCGCUUUUCUGAGAAGUCCGAUGUCUUCAGCUUUGGGGUGCUUUUAUUGGAGAUAGUUAGUGGAAAAAAAAACUCUGGAUUUUACGAUGAUCUGCAUUCUUCUAGCCUUUUGGGAUUCGCAUGGAAAAUGUGGAAUGAAGACAACAUUGUAGCAUUUAUAGAUCCUAUAACAUCUGAUCCAUGCUUUCAAAUGGAGAUUUUGAGAUGUAUACAUGUUGGGCUGUUGUGCGUGCAAGAAUUCCCUAAAGAUAGACCCACUAUUUCUACUGUUAUUUCAAUGAUUAACGGCGAAAUCGUAGAUCUUCCAACUCCCAAGCAAGCUGCAUUUACUGGCAGGCAAAUUGACCCCAGUAGCGAAAGAAAAAUUGAUUCUGAUGUAGACGAACUCACCAUUACAGUCCUUAAAGGCCGCUAGCAAAGACCAAGCUAAUCCAAAAAUAUCUGCUCACAGGCCAUAAAAUCCUUCUGAGAGUUGAUGUGGUUUAAAGCCGAGAGGAAAAUGUGGAUAUUCAUUGCGAGUUGGUACCAUUAAAAUUUGGCAAUAACCUAUUAGUUAGGUGGGAGUAGGUUUAACAAAAAAGAAAAGCACAGGAUUGAUGAUGGCUACAUAGUCCAACUCCAUGCUGGACAGAGUCAGAACCCUCCCGGUUCAGCACCCCACCGCCCGCUCAAUGUAAAGUCGCACGCUUUGUAUUCCCACUCCGUAGUUGAAUGGAUUCUCAAGUCUGGAACUGUGCUGGUACGCUGGGUCUGCAAUGAUGUUCCUGCAUCCUUUGAGAGGUUCAUGAACAUGGCACCUUCCAAUUCAUGAAUUUUUUUUUUUCAGAGCAUGUUCGAUUUAUGGAAUGGAAUCGGAAAGGAAAGUAAUGGACUAAAAAUGUAAAUGGGUGUGAAGUUUUUACAUAAGCUGAAAAAUUCUUCUCUAUUCUCGUCUUCAAAUACAGAGUAUAUGUUUGUAUUUAUAUAAUACAAGAAUCAAGAAUAAAGAAAACUAACUAAUCAGACUAACUAAUUAACUAA